AUGAGGUCCAUGUGGCACAUUUGCCUGCUGCUGGUACUGCCCAGCUUUGGCCGGGCCCAGACCUGCGCUGUGGAUUCCAUCCCUGUGAAGACCGACUUUGACCCCAAGAGGUAUGCCGGGAAGUGGUAUGCAUUGUCCAAGAAGGAUCCAGAAGGCCUCUUCCUUCAAGACAACAUCUCUGCAGAGUACACCAUUGGGAUGGAUGGCACCAUGACAGCCUCCUCCCAAGGGCGUGUGAAGCUAUUUGGGUUCUGGGUGAUCUGUGCAGACAUGGCAGCCCAGUACACAGUCCCUGAUCCAACCACCCCAGCAAAGAUGUACAUGACUUACCAGGGGCUGGCCAGCUACUUGUCCAGUGGAGGAGAUGACUACUGGGUGAUCGACACCGACUACACGCACUACGCAGUGACCUACGCCUGCCGGCUUCGGAAGGAGGACGGGACGUGCGCUGACGGGUACUCCAUCGUCUUCUCCCGAAGUCCCCGCGGCUUCCCCCCGGCCAUCCAGCGGAUCGUGCGCCAGAAGCAGGAAGAGAUCUGCUUGUCCGGACAGUUCGAGCCGGUGCUGCAGACAGGUGUGUGGCUCUGCCGGGGCUGA